UCUUAGGUUGUUGCAUGUACGCUGAGAUUAUGUGUCAGUGCGAGACAUUACUAGGACGGCGAGGAACGAACUUUGGACGCACACGUAUCUGAUGUAACCUUAUCUUGUCAUUUCUCGUCGCUUUCUGUUGUGAACGGAGGGAAAGUUGUCCGAAAAAUCACUUUUGUCCACUUUAGCUGAAGACUAGGCCUACCAGCAUUCGAUUCGUUGAUUCAUCAUGUUUGUGUUUUCGUCGUCCAAAUGCCGAACAUCUCACAUCAUUUUAAUCUCUCUGGCAUUAGCUUUUGCCUUUUUCAUUGUCCCCAGCGAGGGGCAUACUAAUAAAUUCGAGUUUAUCGACGCACAGAAAUUUGUGAACGAAUUUGAGAACAAUCACGAAGAUUACGCUGAGCUACUUGUGUCUCCUGCGCAAAAGUACCUUCAACAACAACAGAUAACAGGUGGCGCUGCGGAAGAAGUUUUGCAGACGAUAAUUUUCACCAUUGACAGAAGAUAUCUACAAUGUGUCAAUGAAAUGCCUGUACGAUGUUAGUAUCUUCUUGGAACACCUAAGAAACGUCAAAAAAUCCCCAUGGGCUCUUCAGAUGGUUGAUGCUCAGGGAAAACUGCCUAGUGGAGUCCUAGAAGGAGAUUUACGCUGGCCGGGAAGCUAUGAGCAGUGUCUUAACAUCACAGCAUACACCAACGUCAGCGGACAAGGAGAGGAAGAGCUCUUUAGGGGGAAAUACUGUGUCGCCACCAUCCACAAGGGCAAUCAGAGUUUACCAGCACAGCAAACUUUGACCCCCACAACUCCCGCCCUGUCUUUAGGGUUGUGCUUACCAGACUCAUGCAGUGAAUCUGAUGUGACUCACCUAGUUUACCUAGAGUUGUUCCCUGUGGAUAUAUUUCUGAACAGGACUGAUAUCAAUACAGAAGUGGCCUGUCCAGAACCGCUGUCAAUGGGGAAGGAUGGCAGAGCGAUUGUGGCUAUAAUUAUUUGCUCCUUGCUGGCAGCAUUAAUUCUGAUUGGUACGCUGUAUGACAUCUGCUUCAUCCAGGUGCCUGUGUUUCUCGUGGAGCGAGCCCAGAAAGAACACAGCCUGGCUGCAGGAGAUCUGCCUAAUUCUGACCCACACCUCGGUGGCUCGGAAAAUGUCCAUUUGAGCGAGAAAACUCCUCUUCUGGGCAACCGUAAUGUACAAACGGAUCAUGUGAUACAGGGAAGGGUUUGUCAGUUUUUGUUGGCCUUCUCCAUCUAUUCCAAUGGCGCCAAAAUCCUGAGCACCAAGCAAGGCAGCAGCAGUUUGAGAUGUCUCAAUGGAAUCCGCUUUCUGAGUAUGACCUGGGUGAUCCUUGGGCAUUCCUAUGCAUUUGGCCUGGGUGUGACAAAAAAUGUUGCAAGUUUAUUUCAAGCUCUGAUUCCAAGAUGGAGUUUCCUUGCCAUUAUGAAUGGGACCUAUUCUGUGGACUCCUUUUUCUUCCUCAGCGGACUUUUGGUAACUUACCUGUGCAUGAAGGAAAUGGACAAGAAGAAGGGGAACCUGAAGAUAAACUGGGCCAUGUUUUACUUCCACAGAUUUUGGAGGCUGACCCCUCCGUACAUGCUGGUACUGAUGUUUGAUACAUGUCUGUUCCGUUACCUGGGCGAUGGACCUUUCUGGCCGCAGCAAGGUGUGGAGAAGGACUUCUGUGCCAACAGCUGGUGGACAAAUCUGCUCUACAUCAACAACUUCUUCCCUAUAGAGAAUAUGUGCAUGGCCUGGUCUUGGUAUCUUGCCAAUGACAUGCAGUUCUUCAUCAUCAGCCCUCUUAUACUUAUCCCAUUGUACAGAUCGGGUAAGCUGGGUGGAUCUGUACUUAUGGCGCUGCUGUUCAUAUGUCUCUUAACCACAGGUGUCAUUUCUCGUACUUUCGAGAUUGGAGUAGGAUUUACAAAUGUAAACGCUGUAGAUGAGAGCUUCAACAAGAUUUAUAUAACGCCUUGGUGUAGAAUUGGGCCUUACCUAAUUGGAAUGGCUGUGGGAUAUUUCCUCUACAAGUAUAAUUCAAGAAUAUACAUCAACAAGUGGCUGGUGAUGCUCGGCUGGGCUAUAGCCGCGAUCUGUUGUCUCUCUGUCUUAUAUGGGGUCUACGAUACUUACCAUGGCCACCCCAUGAAUUUGGACACAGCGGCUCUCUAUAACUCCGUCUCCAGGACUGUUUGGGCGGUAGGCCUCGGCUGGCUAGUGAUUGCCUGCUGUACUGGAUAUGGAGGUUUCGUCAACACCUUCCUGUCGUGGAAUGCGUUCAUCCCCCUGAGUCGGCUGACGUACUGUGCUUACCUCAUCCACCCUCUUGUCAUGUACUACUACUACUUCUCACAGAGGACUCCCGUCUACGGCUCAGACUUGAACGAGAUCUAUAUCUUCCUGGGAAAUGCGGUCAUGUCGUAUGGACUGGCAUUCAUUGUAUCCCUUGUGUUUGAGGCUCCCUUCAUGGGGCUGGAGAAGGCGAUGUUUGCUCGUGAGAAAAAGUGUCUGAGAAGGCGAAACAUGUUUUUGUCACCAAGGAAUAUGCGCUUCUGGAACACAGAUUGA